AUGGCGAUAUACGUCUGCGCGCCACAGUUGCUUUUCUUCUCCAUACACGUUGGUCAGGCUGGAGUCCAGAUUGGCAAUGCCUGCUGGGAGCUUUACUGCCUGGAACAUGGGAUCCAGCCGGACGGACUGAUGCCCAGCGACCACACUCUUGGUAAAGGAGAUGAUUCGUUCAACACCUUCUUCAGUGAGACUGGAUCUGGAAAGCACGUCCCCAGAGCUGUUUUUGUCGACCUGGAGCCCAGUGUUAUCGACGAGGUGCGCACUGGAACCUAUCGCAGCCUGUUCCACCCUGAGCAGCUGAUCACUGGGAAGGAGGAUGCAGCAAACAACUACGCCCGAGGACACUACACUGUCGGCAAAGAGCACAUUGACAAUGUGCUGGAUAGGAUUCGCAAGCUGUCUGACCAGUGCACUGGUCUGCAGGGUUUCCUGGUUUUCCACAGCUUUGGAGGUGGAACUGGCUCUGGCUUCACCUCCCUGCUGAUGGAGCGUCUGUCUGUCUAG